AUGGACCCAUAUAAACUUCUGUCUCGCUCCUCAAAGCGUGGAGCGCCUCAGAAAUCUCAAAGUACACCAUCUAGCGGUGCACAAGCUGCUCCGCCGAGCAACGAGGGAAAAGCUUCAUCCGGCGAGCUGCCCAGCAGCAAUUCGAGAAAACGCAAGAGAAAGAGUACAGCGGCAGUGGAUACACCUGAGCUAGAAUUCUUUGGCGGUUCGAGUUCGAAGGCGGUGCGGGACGCAACUCGGGAUGAGGCGCACAACGAGAAUUCGGACGAUGAAGAGCUGGAGGAAGACGAGGCGGAGGAGCAGCUUGCGUCUGGUGCCGGAGUGAGCAGUCUUUCGGUCGAGGAACGGAAGAACAUACUGCAUAAACAUAAACUAAAGGCGACGUGGAUCAACCCGCCUGCGCCGCAGAAGAAAGAGCGCCGAAAGAAGAAUCUCGACAAGAAGAAAGUGAAGGUUGAGAAAUCAGAAAAGAUUGCGCUGUUCCCGCAGCCACUGCAAUCAUUCGCUGAGUUGCGACCGCGAUUUGGUGUAUCUGGAAGGCUUGCGACGAAUAUCGACGAGCAAGGUUAUACCGUCCCAACUGAGGUGCAACUCGCGGCUCUGCCACUACUUCUGGAUGAUCCCAAGAACUUCAUGGACGCAGGACCAGAGUCGCCGCCCCACAUUGACAUAUUGACUGUAGCGCCUACUGGGAGUGGAAAGACAAUGGCUUUCAUGAUUCCCACAUUGCAACGCAUUAGCAAAGCAAGACAAGGUAUCGAAGGCGGUCUCAAAACUACUUCUGCAGUUAUCCUCGCACCCACCAAAGAGCUGGCAAGUCAAAUAGUGAAUGAAGGACGAAAACUAGCGCGAAACACUGGGAUCAAAGUGACACAAGUCCGGAAAGGAAUGGAACUGGCGGCGCGACCCAAGACAGGCGAUGGCGAGGACGAUGAUGAGCCUGCCAAGUCAAAAGAUAUAUUAGUGAAAUCGGAUGUUCUGGUGUCAACUCCGGGUGUGCUGGCAAGCAUCAUCCAAGAAGCAAAGGAGAAUGGUCGCGAAGCUCUGUCAGAUGUUCAAUAUCUCAUCCUCGACGAGGCUGAUGUACUUCUGGAUCCGCUGUUCCGCGAGCAGACUCUCACGAUCUGGAACAGCUUGAACCGUCCGGACCUUCGCGUGAGUCUAUGGUCAGCCACAAUGGGGAGUAACAUCGAAGAGCUGGCCCGUACGGUACUUAACGAGCGACGACAACGGCUUUCUGAUAAUCAGCAAGAACCUGUCCCAGAGGCUCCUCUCGUAAGACUAGUCGUCGGCCUCAAGGACUCGGCUGUCCCGAACAUCCAGCACAGACUAGUGUAUGCUGCUUCGGAGCAAGGAAAGCUCAUGGGUCUCAGGCAAUUGCUGCAUCCGACCACUACCUCGUCUGAAGCCGGACCACCUCUUCUCCCGCCCUUCUUGGUGUUUACUCAGACGAUCGAGCGAGCGAUCGCAUUGCAUUCGGAACUACUUUACGACAUUCCCGCCGAGGCUGGAGGGAUCAGUAGGAUCGCAGUGUUACACUCUGACCUGUCAGACACAGCCAGAGACAAUGUAAUGACUGGUUUUCGCAAGGGAGAGAUCUGGAUACUAAUCACCACCGACCUACUCUCCCGUGGGGUCGAUUUUCGUGGCGUGAACGGCGUGGUAAACUACGACAUUCCAACUUCGAGUGCCGCAUAUGUGCACCGAGUCGGCCGUACAGGGCGUGCUGGCCGCGAAGGUGGUGUCGCAGUCACUCUUUACAGCAAAGAGGAUAUCCCGUACUUGAAAAACGUCGCCAACGUGGUUGCCGCCGCGCAGAAGCAGAAAGGCGGUGGUUUCGAUGCCACCAACAAAGAUGGAGUCCAGCAAUGGCUGCUUGACGCACUGCCAGAUCUGAGCAAACAAGCCAAGAAAGAUUUGAGAAAGCACGGCGUCGAAUCUAGGACAUCUCGAGGCAUGACCAAGGAUUCCAAAGCAGGGAGGAAAGCGCGCAUUAGCACCAAAUCAGGCUUCGAGCGUCGCGAGGAAAACAAACGAAAAGGGAUGAUCCAAGGGAGUAAGCAGAGGCAGGAAGCCGCCGCCGCCACUGCGGAGGAUCAAGGCGAAGAGACGGAUUUUGGUGGUUUCGAUUGA